GUUAUGAAAAAAAAAAAUACUAAUAAUAAAUUAAAUUUACAAAAAUUAAAACAAUAAAAAAAAAUUUUUAAAGAAUAAAAAUUUCAAAUAAAAAAACAAAAAAAUUUAAAUAAAAUUAAAAAUAAAAUUAAAAAACAAUACCCUAAAUCAGGAAUUAUUUGUUAAUAAGUAAAACUUGUGACUUGUUUGGGUUAUGUUAUGUUAUGUUAUGUUAUGUUAUGUUAUGUCAUGUUAUGUCAUGUUAUGUUAUGUUAUGUCAUGUCAUGUCAUGUCAUGUCAUGUUAUGUCAUGUUAUAUUGACACGAUGUCCACGCAGGACUCUGCGCUCGUGGCAGCGUCCGGAGUCUCCGUGCAUCAGCAGCUGCAACUGCUACACGGCGUCCGUCAGUCCGGUGUGCGGCGCCAACGGCGUCACUUACCUCUCCGCCUGCUUCGCCGGAUGCACCAAAGCGGUGAGUGGAAACGUCGGCGCGGGCCACCAGAGGGCGCCAAACAAAGACACCUUUUUUGUCUGCGCCAAACAAACACACCUUUUUUGUCUGCGUAGAACAAACACACCUUUUCUGUCUGCGCAGAACCUGACCGGAUGCGCGUGCGUCUCCGCCACCGGCGACGAGGCGGUGGCUCUACCGGGGAAAUGUCCGAGUCCCGGCUGCCAGCAGGCCUUCCUCACCUUCCUGUGCGUCAUCUGCCUGUGCAGCAUGAUCGGCGCCAUGGCGCAGACGCCCUCCGUCAUCAUCCUCAUCAGGUCUGACGCCUGCAGCUCGCAUAACCGCCGCUAG